AUGCAAAUUACAUUGGAAAUACCUCAUAUUUUGGGGACCAAGAAAGAAGUUAUAUUGCUUGCAAUUGCUGGCUUGAUUUGGGUAGAAGCAAUUGAUGAAGGUGGUUUUGGUAAAUGUUACUAUCUAAAUGAUAAACAGAGUUCAACUGUUGCUGUUUACCAAAAUGGUCGUUAUUCAGUAUUCCCUAUAGAUGAUCCAAAAGUAAAUGAUAAAUUUAUUGUGAGCUUCUAUCAAAAUAAAGGGUGGACUUAUAGUACAGUUAUAAGUUUCAAAAAAGAGUUUGGAACUGUUCAAUUACCUGUAUCAACAGUUGAUAUUAUCACACCAUCAGGUCUUUACGAAAAAGAAGAGAUUAUGAAACUACCACCAUUAGGUAGAAGAUGUCAUAAAUUUCGUCAUGAUUUCCAAUUGAAAAUGUUCAAAUCCAAAAGUGAACAUUGUGAUUGUGAACAUUGUGAAUUAAAUGAUGAUGGUAUAAAUACCCCAAGAUUUAGAAGAAUUAGACAUAAAAGAGAUUAUAUGUUAGAUGCAUUUCUAAAUGAUAAAUUUUAUAAAGAGUUUUUGAGAAUAAUAGGCCAUAGAAAAACUUCUUCUAAAAGAGAAAUGUUGAAUGAUGAUGAUUCAGAUGAUGAAGAAAUUGAACUCAUACCAGAUCCUGAAGAUAUAUCGGUAACAGAGAAAGAGUCAAGAUAUAUAACUUUCAAAUCAAAUAUCGAAUACCCAGGUGAACCAUAUGGUGGUUAUAGCUCAUAUUUAUUUGGAUUAAAUAUGCAAUCACCAUUUGGAAGAACUCUAGCAUAA